GAGGCAGCCGCAGCGGCAGCCAGGGAGGCCGGGGCUGCGCGCGGGCCGGGGGCGGGGGCCGGGGCCGGGGCCGGGCCCGGGGCGGCGGGGCCGGCGCCUCCGCUCUCCUCCAGCUCCGGCUUCAGCCUGUGCUCGCGCUGCGGCCGUGGCGCCCCUCGGCGCGGCUCCCCGCGCUGCGCGCCCGCUGAGCCCGCCGCUCCCCGGCCCAUGUACUGGAAGCAUGAGAGCGCCGCCCCGGCGCUGCCCGAGGGCUGCCGGCUGCCGGCCGAGGGCGGCCCCGCCGCCGACCAGGCACGGGGAGGCGCUGAGCUCAGGCUGCGCGGAGCCAGUUCUGCAGCCGCCGCCGCCUGCGUUCCCUCCCCCCUCCCCCAGGUGAUGGCCCAGCCCGGGUCCGGCUGCAAAGGGACCACCCGCUGCCUUGAAGGGACCGCGCCGCCCGCCAUGGCUCAGUCGGACGCCGAGGCCCUGGCAGGCGCUCUGGACAAGGACGAGGGUCGGGCCUCCCCCUGUACGCCCAGCACGCCAUCUGUCUGCUCACCACCCUCUGCCGCCUCCUCCGUGCCGUCCGCCGGCAAGAACAUCUGCUCCAGCUGCGGCCUCGAGAUCCUGGACCGGUAUCUGCUCAAGGUCAACAACCUCAUCUGGCACGUGCGGUGCCUCGAGUGCUCCGUGUGUCGCACGUCGCUGAGGCAGCAGAACAGCUGCUACAUCAAGAACAAGGAAAUCUUCUGCAAGAUGGACUACUUCAGCCGAUUUGGGACCAAGUGUGCGCGGUGUGGCCGGCAGAUCUACGCCAGUGACUGGGUGCGGCGGGCACGCGGCAACGCCUACCAUCUGGCCUGUUUCGCCUGCUUUUCAUGUAAACGCCAGCUGUCCACGGGUGAGGAGUUUGGCCUGGUGGAAGAGAAGGUGCUUUGCCGCAUCCACUACGACACCAUGAUUGAGAACCUCAAGCGGGCCGCCGAGAACGGGAACGGCCUCACGCUGGAGGGUGCAGUGCCCUCCGAACAGGACAGUCAGCCCAAGCCGGCCAAGCGCGCGCGGACGUCCUUCACCGCAGAGCAGUUGCAGGUUAUGCAGGCGCAGUUCGCGCAGGACAACAACCCCGACGCGCAGACGCUGCAGAAGCUUGCGGACAUGACGGGCCUCAGCCGGAGGGUCAUCCAGGUGUGGUUUCAAAACUGCCGGGCGCGACAUAAAAAGCACACACCGCAACAUCCUGUGCCGCCCUCCGGGGCGCCGCCGUCCCGCCUCCCUUCUGCCCUGUCCGACGACAUCCACUACUCCCCGUUCAGCAGCCCCGAGCGGGCGCGUAUGGUCACUCUGCACGGCUACAUUGAGAGUCAGGUACAGUGCGGGCAGGUGCACUGCCGGCUGCCUUACACCGCGCCCCCCGUCCACCUCAAAGCCGAUAUGGAUGGGCCACUCUCCAACCGGGGUGAGAAGUUCUAUUGAAUGGAGGCCUCUUUUAGAAAUACCACUGUUGCGGUCCUCAGAGAUGCAGGGAGCCCCAGAAGUCAGCAGGUGUGCUGGGCCAGGGAACGGGGGCCAGGGCCUUCCAGCUGGAAGGGCCCCUCUAAUCCAGCAGAAUUCAGUAUUAAUGUGUCCCAGAAGCACCUGGGAAACUUGUAGAGAUGCUGAUUCCCCAGCCUCGCCCCUAGAGUCUGCCGGGGAGGUGUGUUGUGGAGACCUGGGAGUGUACUUCCCAGCCAUGUGAUUCUCAUGGGCACUCGGGUGGGGCCACUCCUCUAGGAAAGCCCUUCUUAUUCUGCCUCUUGAUUGAGCACCUACUGUGUGCCAGGCUCUGUGCUGGGCACCAUGGGGGAAGGUAUAUAGUGUGGACAGCCCCAUUGGACAGGUACAUGUUUAAGUAAAUGGUAGCACUCAAUGAAAAAUCCCACCAAUCCCAAUGGCGGGUGAGCAUGGCCCAGAAAGUCCCCUUCUGAGAUUGUCAUUCUCACAGUAAAAGCUGCUGUUGUCUGAGCAACUCCACUGUUCACAGCAGGCACUUUACCCUCCUUGUCUGAUUGAUGCCUUCCAGCCACUUUGUAGGUGUGGUAGUGGCCAUUCUCAUGGUAAAGAUAAGGAAGCCGAGGCUCAGAGAGGGGUCACGCUUGUCCAGGAUGCUGCAUGGCUGUCAGGCUCUGAUGUCCAGACAGGUCUGUGAUCACAGCCUUUUGUGCAGCACUUCACAGUUUACAUGGUGCUCUCUCUGACCUCACCCCUCACAUCCUCCCUGGGAGGGGGAUUAUGAUUGAUCUAUUUCGUACCUGCGGAAAUUGGGGCUCAGGUAAGCAGUCCCUGACCUGGGCUCACAGAGUGAGCGUGCAGACAGCUGGCCUCGAUCCUAGGGCUUCCUGCCCUGGAGCUGCACUCUCUGGGGGGAGAGCAUUUGUCCUGUCAGACCCUGCACAGGGACUGCAGAGGCGAGCUUGGUAUGGUCCCUGUCCUGCAGGGGCAUGGAGCUUAGAGCGGGAGGCUCCACCACAGGGUGACGGGGAAGUUGAGGUGAGGAAUGAAUGUGGCCUUCGGGGACCCAGAAGAGAGAGUACGAGCUCUCACAGAGAAGAGGGAUGAGAAGGAGGGCAUUCCUUGUGGAGGGAAGAGCACAGAGGCAUGGAGGAGCUUGGGUGUGAAGGACCAUGGGUGAGGCCCAAGGGAGGUGAGGGACGCUGACAGUGGUCGUGUAAUGAAAGGCCUGGACCUUUGAGCCAGGGGCUUGGGAAUCACAUGGAGGGUGGUGGAGGGGGUAGUGCUUGGAAGUGCAUAGGGCUGGGCUCAGCGCCUGGAGACAAGCCCUUGUCUCUUGGGUGUUCAGCUAAACUUGUGGUUAUGUCUGCUUCAGUCUGAAGGGUGAGCCAGUCUGGGGUCUGGCAGCUUUGGCUGUAGGUUUCCUGGGUUUGGCUUCUGAGCCAGAGUUUUUUCUUGCUGGGCCACGUCCCCAGUUUCACAUCCAGCAGCUUUGCAGAGAGACAUGUCUCCUCACUCCUUCACGGCCUUCUGCCUUCUUACUGCCAGGCCUUCCUGCCAGCUCCUUCCUGGGGACCUUCUCUGUCCACGUCUUGCCAAAGCCAUCAGGCCUAGUGGGCUGGGUGUGGUCGGUGCAAGACUGUAUGGGCUUUCUGCCAAGCUCGUCCCGGCUCGGGCCAGCCCAGCUCCGCAGAGGCUCAGUGCCGCCUGGGGCAGGCCCCUGAACCCACCCAUCAAGACCAGCGCUCUCAGCAUUCGUGGCUAGCGCCCUCUGCCUCUGCCACAUGAUCACUUGGCCACACAGGCCUGGAAGUUUCCAGAACCACGUUUCUCACUGGUCACAUCCCCUGACUCCACAAUUUCAGAGCUUGGAAGUCUUCUGAGAAAUCAGGGCCAAGCUGUCACUGAGGCCCACGGAGGGGAAGGGUCUUACCAGAGUCAUCCCUCUUGAGAGAGUUUCUCUUGGUAAGAGCCCCAAACCAGACAUCGCGGGGGCCAGGAGCAUUGCCCGAGGGUGGCCGAGGCUGCGCAGCGUGAACUGGGGUGAGGCAGACUCCGCAUCCCUACCCUGUCCCCUUCUCACUCUGAGACCUGGGAAAACAGUGAGCUUCUCUGGGCCUCGAUUCCUGCACCCACAAAGUGGGGACAAUAAUAGCUCCACCACCUAAGGUCGUUGCUGGGAGUGCAAGUGAUAAUGUAUGUCAACAGCCUAGCACAGUGCCGGGGACACAGGAAGCGCCCCGCAGAUGUUGGUUAUGGUUAUGAUUACUCCUGCGGACCUCACCACCACUGGCUCCUCCAUCUCCUCCUCAUGGGACCCAAUCUGGGCAACUAACAUUCCUGAUCAUAAAAUGGGCCGCUCCUAUGGCCAUGGCCAGUUGAUGUCCCUGGGCCACUUGACAUCUCCUGACAUUUGCUGUGCAGUCACAUCCCGUUGCCCAGCCAUGGUGACCCCUGACCUGAGCUUCAGGGAAGUAGCUGCGCCGGUAGCCGCGAGCAGCCAGCCAGGUGCUUCAGGCGGGAGAGGGCCGGGGAGAGGGGCGUGUCGUCUCUUUCGGCUCACCCACUGUGCGCAGGCUCCUGGUCUGUCCGGCCGCGUGCCUCCGGGUUUUGUGAGGCGUAAGUGCCCAUUACCUGGUGUGUAGUAAGCAUAGAGGACUACCGUCACAGUGGCCUUGGAGAGGCAGAGGCGGUGUGUUAACAAUGAGGAGAGUUUGCCCAGGGGCCAGGCCCACGUGCUGGGGGCACCUCUUCCUGGCUGCGUGAUUUCAGCCACUGAUUUUCCUCUGUGAGCCCAACCCUGUGAGGUGGAGAUGAUGGCGGGCCCUUGUGGGGUUGAGGUGAGGCUUCCAUGAAAUCGUGCAUGUGGGCUCUCACUGAAUCUUCCCCAUUCUGAGAGAGAGGUUUUGUCAU